AUGGCUGGUGAGGACAGUUUUAUAGUGUUGGUUCACCACAGAGGAUCGAUUAAGAGGAAAACUCGGUCAGGUGUCAAGUUCACCGAUAAGGAUCCUCUCUGUAUUAUCGUGAGUUCUACGACGAGCUAUGAUGACCUUGCUAGGUCUGUACUGGAAAAACUUGGUCUGGAAGGUGUUAAAAGGGUAAAGAAGUUUUUCCAUCGCAUUCCAAUCACGGUGCUCCAAGAUAGCGUGAAGUAUGAUAGUUUCACGAUCGGGAAUGAUGAGAACUUGCAAGUCAUGUUUCUUUGUCGCCGGCAGUUUCCCGAAGUUCGGACACCGGAGCUGUUAGCAAAGCUGGUUGAUGUGGUGUCCAGCUCGGGGGGUUCGAACCGGAAUACCAACACUUUAACGACGGUUGCCGGUUCUAGCUCAAGACCUGCCAUUGCAUCUUCCUCAGUCCCUGCUUACGAGCCACCCGCCCCGCCUGUUGCCUCCCCUUCGUUCGCUGUUGAUCUCAACGGCAGUGUUGGCGACGAGGUUGGAACAGCGGAACUUGUUCCUACCUCUGUACACUGUGCUGCACCGGCUGGGGCUGGAGAUGGAUUGUUUGAUGAUGUAGAGGACGAUAAUGUCGAGCCGGGGGUACCUGGGGAGGCUGCAGGAUUUGGCGCUAGAGAUGCUGAAGGGUCAGUUGGUAUGACAGAUUUUCAAGUUGGUCAGCAAUUUCAGGAUAAGAAUGAUGCCCUGUUAAGUGUGAAGACUUACAGCAUCCGCCGAGGUGUACAGUACAAGGUUGUGGAGUCUGAUUAUCGCCGUUACGUUGGCAAGUGUUCUGAGUUAGGGAAUUGGUGCACAUGGUUGAUUCGGCUGAGUCUCCGGCAGCGCAAGGGCAGAUGGGAGGUCAAACGGUACAUUAGACCGCACACUUGUCUCGCCAGCUCUAUCUCCAGUGAUCACAGGAGUUUGGAUUAUCAUGUGAUAUCGGCAUUCAUUAUGCCAAUGGUUAGAGCUGAUACAUCCGUUAGCAUCAAGGUGCUCCUAAAUGCGACUGCGUUGCACUACGGAUUCAGGCCGACCUACAGGAGGGUCUGGAUGGCGAAGCAGAAGGCUGUUGCGCUCAUUUAUGGUGACUGGGAUGAGUCUUACAACGAGCUCCCACGGUGGGUGUUAGGAGUGCAGGUGACAAUGCCUGGUUCUAUUGCAGUUCUUUGGAUUAGCCCUGUUCGAGUUGGGGGACAGCUGGACGAAUCUCAGGCUUAUUUUCACAGACUGUUCUGGACUUUUCCACCAUGUAUCGAGGCAUUUCGUCAUUGGAAGCCGUUGGUUAGUAUUGAUGGGACCCAUCUCUAUGGCAAGUAUGGGGGUACUCUGCUUGUGGCGAUUGCACAGGACGGGAACUCCAACAUACUCCCUGUUGCAUUCGCGCUAGUCGACGGUGAGAAUGCUGAGUCUUGGUCAUUCUUUCUCUCCCACCUCCGUCAGCACGUUACACCACAGCCAGGUCUGCUCAUUAUCUCUGACAGGCAUAACGGCAUCAAGGCCGCCCUUGAGGCUCCCGACGGUGGCUGGCUACCUCCGGCUGCAUACCGAGCUUUCUGCAUUCGGCACGUAGCAGCAAAUUUUGCCCUCACCUUCAAGGGUAAAGACGCAAGGAGGCUUCUCGUGAACGCUGCCUAUGCUAAGACGGAGGUCAAGUUCCAUUACUGGUUUGAUAUUCUUCGCUCGGAAGAUCCGACGAUGUGUGAAUGGGCAAACCGGAUUGAGUAUUCAUUGUGGACACAGUAUUGCGAUGAGGGCCGAAGAUUCGGUCACAUGACGACAAAUAUAUCUGAGUGUGUGAAUUCAAUCCUCAAGGGUGUGAGGAACCUUCCUGUAUGCUCGUUGGUUAAAGCAACGUACGGUCGGUUGGCCGAACUUUUUGUUCGCAAGGGUAGAGAGGCGGAGGCCCAGCUGGGUACGGGACAACAAUUCAGUCAACACCUUGUUAAAUGUAUCGAGGCCAACUUGAAGACGGCAAGGUGCUUCACAGUUACUUUGUAUGACAGGGACAACUCGGAGUACACGAUUGCAGAGACCACUCCUACUGGUUCUUUCUCCCUUGGUAGCUACAGGGUGUCACUUGGAUCUCAGACAUGUGAUUGCGGAUACUUCCAGGCACUGCAUUUUCCUUGUCCGCACGCACUGGCAUGCUGUGCUUACUCACGAGUCACUUGGCACUCCUAUGUCCACCCACUCUAUCGACUCAGUAACAUUUUUAGUGUUUAUCAGAUGGGAUUCAGACCUCCAAUCCCAGAGGGUUUCUGGCCACCAUAUGAUGGGCCGACGGUAAUACCGGACCCGAACAAGAGGCGUGAAAGGGAGGGUCGUCCCAGGUCUACUCGGAUUCGGACGAACAUUGAUGAGGCAGAUCCAAACCGGCCUAAGAGAUGCGGCUUAUGUCGGCUCCCCGGACACACUCGUCGGAGCUGCCCACAGGUCGGAAGUAGCCAAGGAGGACAGUGA